CCCGGUGAUGAUACAAGCGGACAUGAGGCGAUUACACAAAAACGUGCGAAAGCUGCUGGAAACUUCGAGCAAAACGCCACUCAUUAAUAUCUAACCACUUCUACCAGUAAUCCAGAGAGUGGAAAUAAUUUUACCCUACAGCGCCUGGCAGGAUGUCAGUUAUUGAGGAGGAACGAGUCCGCGGUGGUGUUUUUAAGGACAUUAAUCCAGAAGAUGAAGAUCAGCAGCCUACAGUGAUCGAGAGUUUGUGCAUGAACUGUUAUGAAAAUGGAAGUACACGUCUACUGUUUACUAAGAUCCCUUUCUUCAAAGAAAUCAUCAUCAGCUCUUUCACAUGUCCACACUGUAACUGGACCAACACUGAAAUCCAGUCUGCUGGUCGGAUACAAGAGCAGGGUGUGCUGUACACCUUACAGGUGAAGACCAAAGAGGACAUGAACCGAGAGGUUGUGAAGUCUGACAGCGCAUCCACCAGAAUUCCACAACUUGAUUUUGAAAUUCCUGCUUUCACACAGAAGGGCUCUUUGUCAACAAUUGAGGGCCUUCUGGACAGAGCAGUGGCGGGUUUAGAACAAGACCAACCUAUUAGAAAGGCAACGGAUCCAGCUGUAGCUGAAAAAAUAGAGGAAUUCAUCGAGAGGUUGAAAAAACUUAAAAAAGUAGAAGAGGAAUUCACAUUAAUUAUCGAUGAUCCAUCAGGGAACAGUUUUAUUGAGAACCCAUCUGCGCCUCAGAAAGACACGGCUCUCACUGUCACACAUUACAAAAGGACGCCUGAACACAACGCUGUGCUAGGAAUAGAGACAGAGGAAGAAGAAGAUGACAGAAAGCCUGUCAAUGAUCUAGACACAAUGAGAAAUGAGGUAUUAGUGUUCAACACAAACUGCCCAGAAUGCAACGCCCCGGCCAAUACAAACAUGAAGCUUGUUCAAAUUCCACACUUUAAAGAGGUCAUUAUAAUGGCCACUAAUUGUGACAGCUGCAGACAUCGCACCAAUGAGGUAAAAUCAGGAGGCGCCACAGAAGAGCUGGGAACCAGAAUAACACUCCACUUAACAGACCCUUCAGAUAUGUCCAGAGACCUGCUGAAGUCAGAGACAUGUAGCGUGUUGAUUCCUGAGCUGGAGUUUGAGUUGGGGAUGGCGGCUCUUGGAGGGAAGUUCACUACGCUGGAAGGACUUCUCAAGGAUAUCAAAGACCUAAUUGUUUCGAAAAACCCCUUCAUGUGUGGAGACAGCUCUACAGCAGAUAGAGCCGGGAAGCUGGAGCUCUUUGGGCAAAAGAUUGACAAGAUAAUAGCAGGGGAAAUGGAUGUGCACGUUAUCCUGGAUGAUCCUGCUGGAAAUAGUUAUCUUCAGAAUGUUUAUGCGCCAGAUCCAGAUCCAGAAAUGAAGAUAGAGAAGUACACCAGGACCUUUGAGCAGAAUGAAGACUUGGGGUUGAAUGACAUGAAAACAGAAGGGUACGCAGAGAAAUAGGCUUAAAGUCAGAGAAAAAUGGAGAUUAUAUGUAACUACAUGCCCAAUUCUGUCAAAGCCGUUAUAUAACAUUAUUUAAAUCACUUUUACAUUUAUUGUAAUAUCUUAUGUAAUUACCACUUCUGAAAACCAUAAUGUCUUUUAAAGGCAGCGUUAUGAUUUGAAGAGGGGAAAACAUUAUUUUGGCUUGAAUAAGUGCAAGGCGCUGAAUUUUCCUUGCUGUCUAUAACAUAAUUUUUAAGUUGUAAGUUUUGGUCAUCUUGGCUAUGAAGCCCUUGUGUUAAUUACUAGUGUAACAACACAAUUGUUACAAAGUUUUUGAAGUACUUAAAACUACAGACACUUAAUAAAGUAGUCUUAAGCACACUGGGUGUGAAUUCUUUGGGCGCAUUAUUUAUUUUCUAUGUAAUUGGACUGACUCCUAAAAGCUGUAAUAUAAUAAGAGUUAUGUUUGUACAUUAAACAGUAUGGAAUAAUAAGUAUGGUUCUAAUCUAUUUAUGCUUAACUUCCAGUUCGGUCAGUGAGAUAUCUAAUUAAAAAUGGCUUCAUCACGGCAUCAAAAACAAAUGCAAUGUUGUAACUAAUAGAUUGUAUGGCCAUAUUGGAACAUGCAGUCACACUGCUGGUGAUGCAUUCAGUUUUUGUUUACGUUAUCUGGCUCUUUAGCGUGUAUAUUGUGUUUUCCCAAUUAGUCAAUUAUUCAUUCUUUAAUAUUAAUACUGAUAAAUGGCACCAGAAGAGUCUCAGAAGAAUAGCACCCAAGCCAAACCAAAGCCAUUACAGCACAGUCCUUUUAAUAGCAAACAAGUGUUCACAGGGCAUUAUUUGCAUAACUCUUUUUAUUGUUGUUGUUUAUUUUUGUUGAUUACUCAUUUUUGGCACAAUAAUGAAUCGUUUGUUCUGCAUAAUGGUUUUAAAACUUUGUAAAUGCAACUGAUUCUGUGGAAUGAAUAUGCUUCUUAGAUACUUUUUUUUAUUAGUAUAUUUUGUUUAUUAUUAGUAAAGUAAAUAUUACUAACUCAAUGUGACAUGGCAUGUCACAUGAUGGCUGUGGCCAUGAGAGGGGACCUUCCACCAUGUACAAUUUAACUUUUUCUGUCUAUGUUCCAAUGUUCAACUCAAACUUAUCAUUUUAAUGUUUUUCUAUUUUUAAAAAGAAAGUGCUAUUAAUUAAUGUAAAAAGUAUUUAGUGCUCCUUUCAUGUAGCACACUUCUAAUUAGAGCCUCUCUUUUAGAUCACUCAAGUCAUGCAACUUGGAGAAAAACAAUGAAUCACGGGUUCUUUGUGCCUUCCACUGACACUCAACAUUUAUUGAAACAACAUAAUUACUUAAACAGCAGAUAACUGACAUGACUUGCAUGUAAUUUAAAGCAGUGACAAAUAAAAUGUAACCAACAUUGGUCCAUAUACGAUGAAAUACUGAUGUUCAUUCAUCCCACAAAUGGAGUUUUUUUCCCCGCAAGGAUAGUCCACCGUGAUGGCAGGUUAAAUGUCCCAUGGCCAUUUAUAGCCAGUGGUGGUGUAGAUCUCUUCUUGUGUGAGGGAGUGAGUGCGUCUGUCCAAAAGAGCAAUGAUCAACACCAAAAAAA